UCUUGCGGAAAGAGAAUGAGCAACUAAACGAGGUCCAAGUGUUUCGAAUUAUUAAUAACCAUAACUUAGACCGCAAUUCGUUUAGUGAAUGUGCUAAAAACACGUCGCAUGUUCUACUCUCAACACUCGAGGAGAAAGAAACACCAGAGACGAAGAGUGAAGACGGAAAAAGAAGAAAAUAGUUAACUGUGGCCACCAAAGCGCAGUCGACGUCGACGUCGCGCUGCUGGCGUUGUUUAUUUGUUGUGGCUGUUUUUGCGUCUUUUUCAAGGCAAAAAGAAAAACAAUAAGCAGAACGCCAAUCUGCAAUUAAAGCUAAAUCUAAACACGCGUAACAACGGUAGCAUUCGUAAAGCUGCAUUCGCAGCCGCAACAGCAGCAUCAUCAUCAGCAGCAGAGCACGAGCAGCAGCAGCAGCAGCAAACAACAACAACAACUACAACUACAAAGAGCUGUUAACAUCGACGUCGGCCGAGCUCUGACAGCGAGCAAAGAAAGGAAAACCGAAAACCAGAGAAGGCGAAGAACGCCUCAAAAGAAAGUGAAGUGAAGUGAAGUAAAGUGCGAAACACACCAUACUGACACACGCACACAAACAAACGAAAGCAGAAACUCGACUUUUCAGGCCUAGUAAAGUAGCGUAGCUCUGCCGCUACGAUUGCAACGGUAUUUGUAUUUUUUUUUGUCAGUUGAAAUUUGUUUUAUUUUAUUUUAAUUUUUUUUUUUCGUUUCGUUUCUCGCCUUGUUCACGCGGCACGUGUGCGAAUAUUUUGUACACUUUCGGUGUUUUUUUUUUUUUGUUCGUUUCGUCUGCACAAAACAAAGUGAAUACUUGUUGCGGAGUGCCACGCCCUCCCCUCUACUCUCAGUCGCCCGCGAUCCAUAGCAGCGGCUGAGCGCCAGAGCCUGCGUCCGCGCCCGUUUCCCGUUCCCGUGCAAGCGCCAGAGUGAGAGGUAAAACACACGCAAGACACAACAGAGAUGGCUAACCAGCAGCUUCUCGCUUUGAUGGCCUCUGCCGUCGGUGGCGGCCAGAACAACACGCCGCGUGCCUUGUACGAUCUAUCGCUUCAGGCCCUUAUUGGCAGCAUGGACACCAAGGUGCCGGCCCUGGACAGGAUCAGUCGUUUGCCGGAGUUGCCGCGCAACCUGCUCAUCGAUGCCUACGAAAUGAUGUCACAGCAGGAAUCGUUGAAGGAUACACUCCUGGAGGAGCUGUCCUGCCUGGAUGUGUUCUUGCGUCUCGUUCGCUAUGCCCCAGCCCGCAGCAAACUGUUGCGCAUUGUUGCUUCAUUGAUGGCCAGCAAUAAGCUGCUUGCCAGCCGCCUGGCCGAGGCCUUUGUCACCCGCUACAGUCUCCAGAGCGAACAGGAAGAAACGGAUCAGGAUCAGGAGCAACAGCAGCAGCAGCAGCAGCAGUGGCUUAGCCAGAACUUGAAUCAGAAGCAGAAUGAGGAGAGACAAAAUUCACUGCAGGAUUGCAGUAUGCAUAUAUAUGAUGGAGAGGAUCAUACUAACAACAGUGCCUGUGCAGCAAGUGGAAGGAUUGCAGGCGAUGAGGAAACCCAAAGCAAACAUAAUGUGAUCGAUCCCGCCGCUCCUGCCGAUUCCGCCUUAGAGGAGCUGCCCGCCGAGGAGCUUCAGGCCAUUGAUCUGGGCCUGCGCCUUGGCUCCUUCCUAUCAGAGGCAGGUUGGAUGCAGGAGAGCAUAACUGUAUUGUCGUGCCUCAAUGCCAGACUGAAGCACCUGCCGCGCCACAAACAUUGGCUCGUUAUGCGCCUGGACUGCCUGCAGCGCCUUCUGUAUGCCGAAUCGGCGCACUGCAAUUUUAAGCUGGCGAAACGCACCUAUGACGAGCUGAUCUUACUAAAUCCCCUGUUAAAUAGCAAGGUGCCGCAAGAGCUGAUUGCCAUGACCUAUAGCCAGAUAUCGGUCAUGUAUUUUGUCCGCCAUGAGUACAACUUUAGCCACAAGUGGAGCGGCCUGGCCAUGCGUAUGCUCCAAGUGUCUGCACCGCCGCGCAUUGCCAUCGAUGUGCUGCGCCAGGCGGCCAAGGCCUGUGUGGUUAAGCGGGACUUUGCCCGGGCCAAUUUGCUCAUCUGCCAGGCACUGCGACGGGCUCGCGCACACUUUGGUCCAACGCAUCAGAAAUACGGUGAUACCCUCCUGGAUUACGGCUUCUUUCUGCUGAAUGUGGACUCUGUAUUCCAAUCGGUGAAUGUCUACAAGGAAGCCCUGGCCGUCCGUCGCGGCAUCUUUGGCAACAUGAACUUUCAUGUGGCUAUCGCUCAUGAGGAUUUGUCGUAUGCCUACUAUGUCCAUGAAUAUAGCACCGGUGACUUUAGUUGUGCCCAGGAUCAUGUGGAUAAGGCUGUGAACAUUAUGAAGAAUCUAGUGCCGAGUAAUCAUCUCAUGUUGGCAUCGGCAAAGCGUGUGAAGGCUUUGUUGCUGGAGGAAAUUGCGUUGGAUAAGAUGGCCGAUGGUAUGGAUGAGGAGGAUUUGCUAUUGCAAUCAGAGGAGCUGCAUAACUUUGCCCUUCUCCUGUCGCUGGAAACAUUCGGUGAGGUGAAUGUACAGACGGCCAAGCACUAUGGAAAUCUGGGGCGGUUGUAUCAAACCAUGAAUCGAUUCGAGGAAGCCGAACGUAUGCAUCAGAAGGCGAUCAAAAUUAAAACUGAUCUGCUGGGUGCCUUUGACUAUGAAGUGGGCCUGUCCAUAGGCCACUUAGCUUCGCUUUACAAUUACCAGAUGAAGAAGUAUCAUGAGGCCGAAAAGCUUUACCUGCGCAGCAUCGAUAUAAGCCUGCGCUUGUUUGGUCAUUCGUAUUCUGGCCUGGAGUAUGAUUAUUUGGGCCUGUGUCAUGUCUACGAGACGCUGCACAAUUUUGAAAAGUAUUUGCAGUAUGCGCACACCCUGGAAAACUGGCAGAUUCUGCGUGGCCAGAAUAUCACACAAAAUAAGUCUAGCUAUCCGGCCAUCGAGGAGGACUAUUCCAUUGAGGAGGUCAAGACCAAGUUCUUCAGCAUGUCGGCCUGCAACAAAACCUCCAGCAGCAGUCCAUAAAAAUCCCAAGUCAUGCUUUGAAAACAAACAUAAAAGAAAAAACCUGUGGAAAGUGUGUAGAGUGGAAGAAAUGAAGUAAAAGCGGCGGCAGAUAUAUUUUCGCUA